CGUUGCGACUCUUACCACUUUCAAGAGCUUGGUGCAGUUGACUUAGCCUCUCACAAGGCAUAGCAUGAGAGCUCCAAAGAUCGGACUUUGGAAGGAAGAACAUGUAAGAAAAUGAGACGCUUCAUAUAUUUGUUUUUUUUUUUCACAUUUUUUUAACAGUUCAGAACGAAUGCUCAAAGCUUAUAAACUAUGAUGGGGGAGUUUCCAGGAACGCGGUUAUAAAGUUUAACAGUUCAAAUUGAAGGGGUGCUUUAAUGAAAAUAUGACAACUCAAUUGAAUUAUACAGUUUUGAAUACCACUGCUACUGUCCCGGGAGUUGAUAAUUCCACUAUAGGAUGUUCAUUAACGAAGACGGGCUUCCAGUUUUAUUACCUGCCAACGGUGUACAUUUUAGUCUUCAUCACUGGAUUCAUAGGGAACAGCGUGGCCAUAUGGAUGUUUGUCUUUCACAUGAAACCGUGGAGCAGCAUCUCCGUGUACAUGUUCAACCUGGCGUUAGCUGAUUUCUUCUACGUGCUCUCUCUUCCCGUCUUGAUAUUUUACUAUUUCAACAAAACUGACUGGGUGUUCGGAGAGGUGAUGUGCAAGCUUCAGAGGUUUCUUUUUCACGUUAAUCUCUACGGGAGCAUCCUGUUUCUCACUUGCAUCAGCGUCCACAGAUACACAGGGGUGGUGCAUCCUUUAAAAUCUUUGGGGAGGCUGAAGAAAAAGAACGCUGUUUACACCAGUGCACUUGUGUGGUUCAUUGUAGUGGCUGGGAUCUCGCCCAUAUUGUUCUUCUCCCGAACUGGCAUCAAGAAAAAUGGAAUGAUGACGUGCUAUGACACCACGUCAUCAGAAUACUUGAGCAGCUACUUCAUUUACAGCAUGUGCACAACAGUGUUCGGGUUCUGCAUUCCGUUUUUAAUUAUUCUAGGCUGUUAUGGAUUAAUAGUAAAAGCUCUGAUUUGCAACAAUAUGGACAACGCACCUCUCAGGAGAAAGUCUAUUCACCUUGUAAUUAUUGUUUUAGCGGUUUUUGCUGUCUCCUAUCUCCCUUUCCAUGUGAUGAAGAAUUUAAACCUGAGAGCCAGGCUGUACUUCCAAAGCCCGGAGAUGUGUUACUUUAACAAUAAGGUUUAUGCCACCUACCAAGUGACUAGGGGUCUUGCCAGCCUGAAUAGCUGCGUGGAUCCAAUUUUAUACUUUCUGGCCGGGGAUACGUUUCGAAGAAGAUUAUCCAGAGUUACAAGGAAAGCCUCCAAAAGGAGUGACAAUAACCUGCAGUCUAAGAGUGAAGAGACUGCCCUGCAUGUGCUAUCAGAAUACACUGAAAAUGGAGACACACGACUUUGAGUGCAAUGUGUUUCAGUCAAAGAUGUCAUUUUUCUUGUUGUCAAAGAUGUCAGACUUUUCAUAUAGGGUUGAGCAAACAUAACAUAUGGUUAAACUACAGUGUUAUAGUAUGAGCUUUAUUAUUUAAAAAAUCUGAAUAUAGUGCUU